GACAACAACUGCACCGUACAACAUUCAACUCUCUCGCCUGCCCUCCGGACACUGCCGUCGAACUGUGAUUUCCAAAGUGUGAUUUCUCGGACCCUCGACUUCUACCCACGAUUUUAGUGACUGCAUUCGCCGCCUGCAUUCUCGCGCAGGCUCCCACCAUUCUUGGCGCGACGCAUACAGAGUGCUUUGUCUCAUUCAUACGCUCUCCUUCACCCUCGCUCGCGUAACAGUCGGACGCUGGAUUAUGCGCUUCUAGCUCUCGAUAUCCGCGCUGCGUACUGAUCAGUAGAACUCGAGUGUUCGUUCGCCUCCCGUGAUUCGCGACGCGCUCGACACGCUCCUUUACUUUGCCCCCCACUAUCAGUCAUCCAACUUUUGCAAACAUUCCUUGCACUACGACGCACAAAAUGACUACCGCCACGCAAGCUGUGCCGGGCAUCGACAUCUCCGCCGCCGACGACGACAUGGAUGUACAUUCUGAUAAUGGCUUCGACUUUGGCGACGGAGAUAUCGAACUAGACUUGGAACCUGCGCCUUCCGCCUACCACAACGACGAUGACGAUGUGUCGAUACAAGAUGCGGCAACGGAUGGCGGACCAGAGCUGCAAACAUAUCCUGCCGAUCAGGACGACUUUAUGGCCGACAACGAUGACUUGAUUGAGCCUGAUGACAUCGAGUAUGGCGAUGAUGAAGUGGUAGCAAUGAGCGACCCUGUCACGACACAAGCGCAAACGCCCCCACCUGUUGACGAAGAUUUGAUUGACUAUUCCGACGACGACGAGGAGCAACCACUUCAGGAUGAUCAAGGCACGGAGUAUCAUGAGGGAACUGAUGUCCAAGAUGAAACUCCGGCCGUGUUACAAGAUUCGCUCGAGGAAGACCUGCACGUCCCUACUCCUGCCGAUGACGUCCGUGAUGGAGAAAGUAACGAGUAUGGUGCACACCAGGACACGACAGAACAAGAUGCAGUCGCCGUAAAAUCUGACCAUCAUGAGUCGCCAAACAGUCAUCAUGAACCCCAAUCAAAGGCCGAUGAUGAAGAGUUUGCUCAUCAAGACAGCGAUGACGGUGGGAUCCUACUACAAGAACCAGAACUUCCUGGUGAUGAAGCUGAGGACAAUCAUAGCGACUACCCCGGUGUUGCGCAAGAUGACGUUGACGUUGUUGAAUCUACUACCACACAUGUGCCUGAAGAGAACGGUUCAUCUGAACUGCGACCUGUCACAGUCAACUACGGUGGCAAUGAUCUAUGGCUUUUCAAGCAGUACGAUGCUGAUAACAGUGGCGAUUGGUUGCUCGAAGACCUUGCGCUUGCCGGAUCGAGAAUCUCAGAUCUCUUCCAGGCCUGCAGGUCUGCGCUCGGCGACGAUGUCUCGAACGAAACAGAGAUUGGGUUUCGGUUUGAUCAUCUGCACAACAUGGAGCUCUAUGAGGACAACACUGCGUGCGUUGCUGUUUCCCUGGAACGCCUAGUCGACCUGUAUCACACACUUCAUGCGCAAGACGACGAUAGUGAGCCAGAGUCUUUCUAUGUUUCAUUACAAUUCCGCCCACGCUUCGCUACGCUGCUCGCUGACGUUGCGAAGUAUGCUGAGCAGGGAAGUGGCUUCUCAGGGCUGAGCACUGCUAUCGCUGCAGGUGAGACUCACUUUACCAAGCUUUCCUCUGGCGCCUCCACUGAGCGAGAAUUUGCCGAUUGGGAAAGUGAAGAGCAAGAAGAGAACGAUGUCAGUGAGGAACAGCCGACUGUUACGCAGCCGGCAGAUGAUGUAGUCCACCAAGAACAGAUCGACGGCGAACCCGAAGACCAAGCAUCUGUUGAGGCACACAACGACGUCGAAGUAGAGCAUCCCGUUGAUGAUGAGCAACACCUUGAUCAUGAUGACAGUGCAGAUGCAGAAAACAACACUCAAGAAGAACAACAAGAACAGCAGGACGUCCCUGAUGAUGACCCUGCUUCCCAAAACUCUACUAACACUGACUUUCUUCCAAAUGAACCUAUUGACGCAUCAGUUGGCCAGGAAGAGGUAAUCGAAGAACAGGAGAGUGACGUGGCCAAUACCCGUAGUGAAAGUAUUCCCGCAACGGAAUUGCAAACGCGCGAAGAGGAGGAUCUCAUUGAUUACAGUGAUGACGAAGGUCUCGAAGAUGUCGCGGAAGCCGAACCAUCGCCUACCAAGGAACAGUCUCCGUCAUCAUCAACGGUACAAGGUGAUGAGCCUGCCGUCGCCGAAGACGACGCUUUUCUUGCGGAACCUGUUCGUCCUGAUGGCUACGACGAUGAAAACGACGAUGGCGUUGCCCUCAAUAUCAACGACCAAGACGAUUCAGCGUCGAUACACCAGGAACAAGAUGACAACACGUACGAACAGGAUGAAUACCCGGAGUAUGACCAAACAUACGGUCAAGAAGAAACAUUUCAAGACUUUCAGGAACAGGGCACAGAAGAGUUGUCUAUCCAACCGGAGGUCGAGGGCAACGCUAACCAGGACUCCACUGGUUAUGAGUAUCAAAUACUUGACCAGCAAGUUAACGUAGAUCUUGACGGCGGUGUCGAGGACUACGACCAAGGGAUUGCCGACCCUAACACUGUUGCCGAUGACUUUACUGGUGUGGAAGACUUCCUGGACCUCGACGACUCACACGACUGGACCACCAACGAGGAUUUCAUCGUGACCAUGGCUGAGAAUGCAGUCCCUACUCUGGACGGCGUCACGGCUCAUGCUGGCGAGGACGACGGUGUGGUUGAGCAGUCUGCGGCCGUGGCGUCUUCGACUGCAGAUCCUGUUGCAACCUCGUUGACUGAUUCGAAAAACUCAUCGCCUCAAAGGCAGAAGAGGUCUAUUGACGAGGUUGGCAAUGAGGCAGACGAUGCACUCGACUCCAUAGACCCCAAACGGCCCAGAGUGUGACACCCCCGUCCUCCGAGUCUUCAGAGCUCCGACGGAUACUAACCACUAGCCUGUCCGUUCCAUUAUUUUCGACUCCAAUUCUUCGACCGUCUUCCCUACGCCCCCCAAGACCCAUUAACAGUAUCUAUAAUUCACCAUCAGCGUCCAGUGAGAUGACGCCGGUCAAGGGCCACGCAUUUCCAACUCGCCCUUAUGUCGAUGAAAUAGCUGCUAACCAUAGGUCACAAUCUCGCCAAAAAUACUAACAUAUGAUCACACUCUCGCAAAACCAACUCCGUCGCCAUCAUGGACCAAGGCUAUGAUGACAACCAAG